GGCGGAGCGCUGCCCGGCGGCGGCCGCCAGGUACCUCCCCCCGCUGCCGCCUCCUCCGCCCCCUUUUGUGGCGGUGCCGGGCGGCCGCUGGGUUUCCUGCUGACGCCGGAGAACCGCGGAUGGGCAGGAAAGGCCGCCCCCGCCGCCUCUGCUCCAGCCCGCUGGCUCCCGCCUCGGCCCCGCUCGCCCCGCCGGCAGGAGCGCGGAGCGGGCCGCACUGAAAGCCCGCCAGGAGAAGCGGGCGGAGAGGGCGCAGGUGCGGGGCAGGCCCGAGCGGCAGUGCUGAGGGGAGCGGACAUGGCAGCCCCCGCUUCUUGAAUGCUGUCAGCUACCCCCCUGCCGCCGAUGGCUGAAGCCUGGAGGCUGGAGGAGGACGAGGAGGAGCUGCGGGAGCUCGGCCGGAGGCACCGGAGGGUCGCCCUGAGCUCGGCGGCAGAUCGCUCUGAAAGAAAUAAACCAGACUGCCGCUCUUCAGGCCAAGGACCCUUGUCAUCCAUAAGAGCAGCGAUCAAGAGAUCUUCUCGGACCUCUAGCCAUAGCGAACAACAGAGGGAUAGAAGGCGUCCUGAAAUUACAAUAGUUGCUGCUGAACCCCUCCGGUCAUCCUCCUGGUUUCCAGGUGCAAGCCCUGUCACUCCUCAGGGAUUAGGAUUCCCUUCUGCUUCAUCUCAUGCUCAGUGGAGGAGAAACGAGCAUAUUCCAGCUGAGCUUCCACCAUCAUAUGAGCAGGUGAUAAAAGAAAUCAGUCAAGUGCAAGUCAAUACAACAAAUAACAAUAAUGCUGCUGCUCCUAGACAUACCACUACUUCUGCAACACAAACUGACUUUCCAGAGGAACUAAUCAGCCAUUUGCCAGGAAGUAAUGUAAGAACUAGUGUGCCUACACACUGGGAAUCUGCAGGCUAUCCAGGGCAGAGUCCUCUUAAGCCUCCUAGGCCUUCUGCAUCUCUCCUGCACAGGCCUCCUUCAGAAAAUGAGAAUCCCUUAAUAGUCUUUGAAAUUUCUGAAGGUCAGAGGUGCCAAGAAAAUCCCAGUGCUGUGAUAUGUCCUGUGCCAAAGCCAAGAUCAAGAAGCAAUCUCAGACCUCUGGUCAAAAAUACGGAAAGUGAGAAUGACAAUGGAGAGGAAGUGAACCAGUCUACCACAAAAAGGCAGCAACCUCCAAUUCAGUCACCUGUCUUAGAUGAUAACUUACUAGACAAUCACUUGGUAAUGGACAGCAUGAGUACAGAAAAGAGCCAAAAUAGCAUUGUUUCAAGGAUCAAAGUUUUUGAAUCCCAAGGAACUAAUGAUACCUCAGGAUUAACAAAAAAGCCAGAAAUCGCCCCUCGUUUGUUUGCCCCAAGACCUGUUACUGCAAAGAAGCCAGUAGUCGCUCCAAAGCCAGGGGUAAACAGAAUUUCAGGAGACUGGGAUGCAUGGACAGAAAGCAAAUCAACACCUUCCAAGGAACUGCAGCCUCAACCUGAAGUAGUUGCAAGCAGUGUUGUAGCCAAACCUGAACUGCCAAAGAAGCCAAAACCUGGCCUCGUUAAAAGUAGUAGUAGUGAUUUUCUUGAUGCAAGGAGUGGAUCAGUUGCAGAGAACAGUGAUGGACAAAAGAAAUAUCCUGUUCCUGCUCCAAGGCCUCUUGUUCCUAAAAAGUCAUGUUAUGCAGAAAAUCCUGCCCUUUCUUUGGCCUCACUGAAGCCAAUUGCUGCUCCCCCACGGGCUUCCGUAUCUGCCCAAGACAAAGGUUUCAAGUCUCUGGGGGAACUGUCAUCUGCAGCCAACUUCUCAGAACCUGCUUUGCAAAAUAAACCAGAUGUGGAAGGAGAUCUGAUCAGUUUUGAUGAUGAUGUUUUGCCCCUAAGUCCAACUUCCAUAGUUAAUGAUAGUGUCAGUCCUGAAGCAGCAGCAGAUCCUUUUCAGUUCCUCACCAAAAGUGAACCCGCAAAGGAACAAACUGUUCAACCACCCAUAGCCCGGAAACCCACUGUGAUCCGAAUCCCAGCUAAACCCGGGAAAUCUUUAAAUGAAAUCCUGCAUAGCCCUCCGCCACUUCCUGCUGAAAAGCCUAUUGGGAACACCUCUGAUAUCACAGUGGGAAAACAGAACAGUGGUGACCUAAUAAAAAAAGGGGAGUUGGAUCAUUCAGAAAAAGGUGGAGUGCCACAGCUAGAUCCUCUAUUACCCCCAAGGCCUGUGAAUGGAAAAAUUAUACCUGCUCGACCUCCCCCACCUAGAAAUGUUCCUGGGAGGCCACCUCCACCAAAACUCUCUGCAACCAAGACCUCAUCCCAGAAGGAAGCUCUUUCACGGUCUACAUCUGACAUCGCUCCUGACAGAAAAACCAGCAAGUUCAGACUGGGACCCAAGAGAACAAAAAGUUCAGUCUUUAAAAAUUCAGAUCCAGCAUUACCUCCUAGACCUAAACCAGGUCAUCCUCUCUACAAUAAAUACAUGCUACCUGUGCCUCAUGGAGGUGCCAAGGAAGAUUGUCUUCCCAGGAACACUGGAGAUCUGUCUUGUAAGGACUCAAAUCACCCUCCAAAAGUUUCUGACACAAGUGCACCUCAUGCUGUAGUCCUGCAUGAUUUUCCUGCAGAGCAUCCUGAUGACCUGGAACUCCAUUCUGGAGAUACUGUUUGUCUUUUGGAGAAAAUCGAUACUGAGUGGUACAGAGGAAAAUGUGGGAAUCGCACAGGGAUAUUUCCUGCCAGCUUUGUUAAAGUAGUUAUUGAUGUUCCAGAAGAAGGCAACAGGAAAAGAAUACCAUGUUCAUCACAAUGUAUUAAAGGCCCAAGAUGUGUAGCACGAUUUGAAUAUAUCGGAGAUCAGCAAGAUGAGCUCAGUUUUUCAGAAGGUGAAACUAUUAUCCUGAAAGACUAUGUAAAUGAGGAGUGGGCCAAAGGAGAGCUCAGAGGCAUAUCUGGAAUCUUCCCCUUGAACUUUGUGGAAGUAAUUGAAGAUCUGCCUGGAACAGGUACAGGAGCAACACUAAAGAACAAGGUGGAGGUUUCUUCUUCCCUUCCUCAGAACAACAGACGCUCAGUACAGUGGUGUGAAGCGCUUCAUGAUUUCACAGCAGAAACCAAAGACGAUUUAUCCUUUAAAAAGGGUGACUACAUCCAAAUACUGGAACAAGUAGAUCCAGAGUGGUAUAGAGGAAGACUGAAUGAAAAGGAAGGGAUUUUCCCAGCAGUUUUUGUUCAGAUCUGUUCAGCCAGAGUAGAGAUGUCACAGUCUGUAGGAGGGAAGAAAGGAAAAGCCAAAGCUCUUUAUGAUUUUCAUGGAGAAAAUGAAGAUGAGCUUUCCUUCAAAGCAGGUGAGAUAAUAACAGAGCUGGAAUCUGUGGACGAGGACUGGAUGAGUGGAGAGAUACAAGGAAAGUCUGGGAUGUUUCCCAAGAACUUUGUUCAGAUUUUAAAAGCACCAUGAGUGUUGCUUCUCUUUGUACUCCCUGCACACAGGAGAGAACGUUUUCUAUCCUAAAGGCACAGCAAAGACAUCAACGUGUUUUGACUAUCAAUGUUUUGCACUACUUUUUCUAGACAGUCAUACUAGUAUCUUGAAGUCAAGUAAGAGAAUUGGAGUCUUUUGUGACAGUGUAUAUAGUCAAGCUUCAUGAAUGCUCUGAGAGCAAAUACAAGCAGGGUUUUUAGUGGUUUCCAACCAGGGAAAUACUGUGGUGCAACACCAUUUUAACUUAAAAUAGAAUUCUACUACAUAUACUAUCUGGUAUUACAUUUAUCAUGCACAAAGUUUGCAUAAAGCUUCUUUGGGCUUCUUUCAAAUCUUUUUUAAAUCCAAAUAUAAAAUUGUUUUUUAAGAUCUAAUUACAGAACUCAGUAUGUAAGUCAAGUUUGCUGUUCAGGUUUCAUUACUGCUUGGCUUCCACAUUAGCAGUAGAAUCUGCUUGUUUUAUGGCUUAGAAGAUAAGGAAGAUAACUGGUACGUCAUAGCAGGAAAAUAUCAAAUCUAAUUCACGUGAGAGGGAAGACUCAAAGCAAAUCCUUGUGUAAUAUUCUUCCAUUAUUAGCCCAAGCUGCUCAUACAGGAAGAUCACAAAAGUAAAACUUGUAAGUAUUUUGCUUCUCAAUGAAUAAUGUUCAAAUUGGUAUGAAUCAUCUUAGAUCUCCUUCUCCCAAAAUCCUUUCCAGAUUCAGGCUUGCAUUUUCCUACUGCCCACUGUUCUUCAAGCACCAUUGUGCCCUUCUUUCCCAGCUGCAGUUAGUUGUGACAGACAGCAUUUAUGAGCUUUCUCAGAUCCCAUCCAUGCAGUAGCUGCGCUAUUCCAACUAUUUACCCCUCCACCCCCUUCGUGUAAAGUGGAAAGCCAGUCUUUGCUCAGCCUGCAUUUCAUUUGCCACUCAAGAACUGGAACAUACCUCAGUAACACCAUUCCUGUCCUUAACAUGAAGAAUAUUAUACAGCCUUGGUUUUAGCUUUCAGCAGACAUGGGAUUAGUUUCCAGUUUGUUACCACAUACCGACUAUACUGAGCAUCAUUAUAAAUGGUCUGUUGAGGCCUUAAGGAAAGCAUGCUUGGCAAGAGGUUACUUCAAGCAAAGUCAUUUAGUGAAAAGCAGCAGUGUGACUUGAAC